CAAAGUCACAUUUGUAUUUGCAAUUUUGCACUUUUGCAUAUCAAAAUUAAUAAAUUUUCUUUACAAAAGUUACUAUUUUAAUAUAAUUCAAUAUUCUCUUCUACUUCUCUUGUAUUGCAUUAAUCCACAAUGGUUAAGGAAAUUAGCAGUGAUGAAGUUAAAAAACAUCAUGACAAAAGAAGUGCUUGGAUCAUAAUACAUAAUGAUGUUUACGACGUAACAAAUUUCAUGAGUGAGCACCCUGGUGGUGAAGAAUCUUUGCUGGAAUUUGCUGGAAAAGAUGGCACAACAGGUUUUGAGGAUGUAGGACAUAGUCAAGAUGCAAGAGAAAUGUUAGUAAAGUAUAAGAUUGGUACCCUACCAGCUUGUGAAAUCACCAAAAAAGUGCAUUCAUGUGCCAGUUGUUCUAAAUUGAAAUGGGCCAUCAUCGCCUUAGCCGGUGCUAUUGUCAUCGGUUUCGCGUUGAAGAAAUACUUAAGCUAAUGGAACUACGGAUAUAGUUAAAGGUCCAAACCGGAUAAAACCGGUUUCAACCGGUUCUAGUUAGUUUGUGUCACGUACAAAGGUAGCGCGAAUAUUAAGUUUAAAAUCGAAGCAUUUAAUUGGUAUGUGAUGAUCUCGUCCGCUUUUUUAUUCCAUUUAUAUACAGUUGGCGGCAAAUAAAAUGUUAUCUGUAUGAAUUGUGACUUUCCUCUGCACACAUUAAUACGUUUUAUGUUUUAUAGAGGCGUUUAUGUUGUGGAAACCCAUUGUGAAGUAUUAAUUCCAGGUUCCUUUAC